AUGACCCCGAUACCCGCCGACGCCGGCGCGCCACCCCCCGCCCCAGGCGCGCCGCCCCCCGCCCCAGGCGCGCCGCCCCCCGCCGCCGGCGCGCCGCCCCCCGCCGCCGGCGCGCCGCCCCCGGCCCCAGACGCGCCACCCGGGGCUCCAGGUGCCGCAGCACCAGAGAUUAAACAGACGAAAGAAGAAUUGUUAUUUUAUGCCCCGGAGUACACGUAUUUGACCGUCAUGGCCAUAAUUUUAUUCCCUCCCCUGGGAAUACCAGCACUCGUAUUCAGCGGAAAGACCAAAGAAGCCAACAAGAAAAGCCAAUGGGAAGAAGCUUAUAUCAACUCGGGCCGAACUGGUUGGCUGGAUGUAUUCGCCAUACUCAUCGGUUUAGGCAUCAUUUAUUUCUUAGUACUAUUUGUCUGAAGUCCAGGCCCAAUAGCCAACUGGUUCACCCACCCCAACAGGACCAGCUCACCAAAACACUGACCAGCCAAAUCAGCCACCAUGCAAGAAACCAACAGCUGGAUAUUCCCUAGCCAGAAAACCUACCAGCCAAGGAGCUCAACAUCCAAGCAACCCACUAGCCCAGGAAAACUUUACUUUAUGCUCUUGGCCUCCAGCUCUGUCGUUAUCCAUCUUGGGGAUCUUCACUUUGAUGCUCUAGAUGCCUUAAGCUCCUUGAUACUGGGCUGCUCUUUCAGGAAAAUAUUUAUUUAAACCAAUAAAAUUGAAGGGUAUGUUCCA